AGCAUAGAGACGGAGCAGAGAGAAAUUUUGUAUCUGUAGGUAUUUCAUUAUAUUUUAUAAACAGUGGCUUUAUAACAAUUUAACGUUUUUGUAUUCUUACUUUAUAAGAAAAAAAAAAAAAAAAACAUUCAAAUAUGGCUUUGCAAAAUACUAAUUUCAAAAUGCAAGACUUAUGUCGAACUUGUUUAUCUAAAGAAAUAGAAAUGCUAUCAGUCUUCGAAAUACGUUUGGGAACUCUCACACUGGAUAGUAUAAUCACUUCAAUUACAGGAAUAAAGAUAAAACAAGAUGACGGGUUGCCAUCAACAAUAUGUGUCAUCUGUAAGGAGAAAGCAACUAGUGCAUAUGAAUUUAAGUCACGCACACAAGAAGCUGACAAUACAUUGAGAGGGUUUCUAAAGACAGAAAAAAUUGAGCAAAAUUGUAGUGAUGAUAGUUUUAUAUAUGAGUCCAAUGUAGUCGAGGUGAAGACUGAACAAUUUGCAAGAGACAAUCACGAUGAUUACAUAGACUUGGAUCUCAAUCUGACCUUUACUAAUGAGUCUGAAACAUACAAUAAUGUAGAUACAGUCAAGUAUGAAGCGGAUGGACAGUGUAAAGAUACAUUCCUGUCUGAACAGACAACUGAUGAAAAUUUAAAUGAUGAGAUUAAAAACAAGUAUUUAGUUAGUGGACACACUAGUGAGUCAGAGAGCACGUAUUGUCCUGUUUGUGGCGCUAGUUUUACGAACUCCGAUGACCUUACGAAACACGCAUGGAACUAUCACGCUGAUAUUUUGGGACCAAAAAAACGAGGGCGUCCGAAGAAGCUACUCACCAGCACAUUGCUCAGCAAAUUAUCUGAAAAUGGAUAUAGCCCUAAGUAUUUAGAAGAUCCAAGACAUAACUGUGUAUUCUGUAAAAAAGAGUUUAAAACCAAAGAUGAUUUAAUUUUACACCAGGAACAGCACAAAGAAGUAAAAGUAACAAGUUGUUUGCUUUGUAAAAAAGUUUAUCACGACAUAGAAGAUUUUAAUCGACACAAUUGCGUGGUACUUCCUGGUGGGGUUAAACAAGAUGAACCACCAGAUGCUCCAGGAGAGGAACGAAAGAUUAAUUCAUCUUCUGAAGUACAGCUGCUGUUACAUACAUCAAACGUUUGUCAGAACUCUGCCGGUGUUGACGCUUGUGAAAAAUGUGGAACCCUGUUUGUAUCAAGUGAUGAACUCAGCAAACACCGUGACAGCGAACAUCCAGAAUUAUCUGUAAGGUGUCAUCUCUGCGAUAAGGUAUUCGCGACGCUGAAGAGUGCAGCUCGACACAGGACUGUGUGUGCUCGUGUGGAACGUUCGUUCGCAUGCUCGUCUUGUGAUUUGCGGUUCGCCCAUGAAGUCUCUCUUAAUAAACAUAUCCUCCGUGACCAUACUGGCCAGAGUGUGUCUGUCCGCUUCAUGGAUCGCGACCGUACGCCGCCUCAGCACAGGUGCGAUAUCUGCAACAGACGGUUCUAUAGAAAAGACUUGUUGGCAAGACAUGCGAACGUACACAAGACGGUGGAUAAAAGCUUUGAAUGUGACAUUUGCAAUAAAAAGUUUCAUAGAAGGGAUAACCUUAGGACACACAUGCGUAUUCAUAACAAUACGGGCUCUGGCGCCAAAGGAAAUAGCAGCAGUGCCAGCCUGUGCUUAUACUGCGGACGAAGCUUCUCGAACUCUUCCAACCUCAUUGUACACAUGCGCAGGCACACCGGGGAGAAACCGUACAAAUGUGAUUUCUGUGGCAAAGGUUUCCCUCGUUCAUCUGAUCUGCAGUGUCAUCGCAGGUCACACACUGGUGAGAAGCCUUGCGUAUGCGGCGUGUGUGGCAAAGCUUUCGCUCGCAGUAACAAGCUGUCGCGGCAUAUGCGCGUACACACUGGUAUGAAGCCUUACAAGUGUUCGUACUGCGAGAAGGCCUUCUCGCAGAGCAACGACCUCAAGCUCCAUGUACGGCGCCACACAGGCGACAAGCCUUAUGUCUGUGAACUGUGUGGAGAUCGGUUCAUACAGGGGACGGCUCUUCACAACCACAGACGCGCGCACGGGCACUUUCCUCCUGCGCCCGCACCAGCGUCGUCCGCGCCCCUCGCUUACACUCUACAAGGAAUCACACAGACACACUGACCAACAUUCACAAAUAUCUUUAUUUAAUAUAAUCUCGAGAAGGCAGGCCUGUUAACUUACAGAUAAUCCAAACUGUUUAAAUGGAUCUUAAAAUCAGCAAAUUAAAUGAAGAAACAAUAAUAAUGGUGUAAUUUUCAUUUGGGAAUAUACACUAUGACUGCAGAUUAAAGUUUUUAAAGUAAAUAUUGACGCUAACAAAUAUACAUUCUGUAUAUUUUGAGUAGAAUUUAAUCAAUUUUACAUUUGAGAAGUUGUUUUUGUUGGAUCUCUACACUUUAGAAAUAUUAAAAUUUCAUUAAUUUAUAAACUAUCUAUUUAACAAGUCAGUUUAUGUAAAUAAUCUGAAUUUAUAAUGUAAUUUCAUUUAUUUAUGUGUAAUAAAGUGUGCGAAAACUAUGAAACGUUUGUGACAUUAAUUACUUGCUUAUAAAAUUUUGUAAAUAAUAUUGAUUAAAAAUAAAAUGUAUAAAAUAUAUGGAUCUUGAUGA